UGUGGGCUAAUGGCCUCCCCCUCCACCACCAUCACCAUCACUAUCUCUGUCUCUGUGAUAUGCAGAGAGACAGAGAGUAGGGUGUGGAGAGAGUAGGGUGUGGUGUCAGAGGAGGGAGGAGCUUUCAACAGAGGAGGAAGAAGACUUCAGAAACACCCAGCUGUCUGACUGGUGAUGGUUUAGUAGGACUGAGAGUAGCUGACAGAGAAGCUGUUGUGGACCUGGGCUUGUUGAUGCACCAGGUGGUAGUAUGGUAACUGCGAUAGUAAAGUAACUUUAAUAGUAUAGUACCUGUGAUAGUAAAGUAACUGUAACAGUAUAGUAACUUUGGUAGUAAAGUACCUUUAACAGUAUAGUAACUGUGAUAGUAAAGUAACUUUAACAGUAUAGAAACUGAGGAGUAACUGUCCAGAAUGAAGAUACUCCAUGUUGUCUCCUGCUGUCUCCUCUCAGCUCUCUGUGUUGUGGAGUCAGUCAUCACUAAGGCGACUGGAGUUGUUGGGGGACAGGUCACAAUUCAGUGCUCAUAUGCAGAUAAAUGGUUUGUAAAAAGCAAUGAUAGGUACUUCUGCAGGAAGAAAUGUGACAGUUACAAUGACAUUCUGGUUCAAACUCAGAAGAACAAGAACUAUAUUGAGAGAGGAAGAUACACCAUACAUGACUAUAGAAAUGGAGACUUCACUGUUACCAUCAAGAACCUGAUGAAGUCAGACUCUGGGACCUACUGGUGUGGACUGGACAGAUAUAUAAAAGAUUCCUACCAAGAGGUGCAUCUCACAGUUACAGAUGCUCCUCCUAAACCAUCAACUGUCACCUCCAGACCUCAUUUCUCCACAAUCCUCCCAAUCCUCUCUACAACAUUAUCUGACAUCUCCGCAACAUUAUCUAACAUCUCUACAAUGUUUCUGGCAUCUGGAGACAUCAGUGGUAACUCUUCAUCAAGAGAAGGUCUGAUGGUGUGGACCAGUGCUGGUCUGGUAGUCAUGGUGACAGUGUUAGGACUGGUCCUGCUCCUGUUCUACAGACAGAGGAGAGGAACCAGGAGAACACCACCACUACCACCAGUCUCCUCCAACACACAACCUGACCCUACUGGAGAGGUUGACUGUGUGUAUGAGGAGAUCAGAGAGGCAGACAGACAGACAGACACACUCCCUGUGGUCAUCUCUUUAGUCUACUCUACUGUCAAUUCACCUACAACCUACCCUGCUGGUCAAGCCUCUACAACCUACCCUGCUAGCUCUGCCACAGAUUCUAGAGUCUCUUCAAGUCCGCCAACAGCCAGUAGAACCCAGGAUGAUUCCAUCUAUUCUACAGCCCAGCUACCCAAAGAUUCUGUAGAAUCUACAAGAUACCCUGCUGUACACCUCUCUAAAGACACUCCAGAAGAUGCCAUCUACUCUACAGCCCAGCUACCCCAAAUAAUGUAGUACUAUAUAAUCUAUACAAAAGAUGCAUCCCAAAUGGCACCCUAUUAUCUAUCCCCCAUAUGGACCCUGGUCAAAGGCAGUACUCUAUAGCGAACAAGGUGACAUCUGGGAUGAAGGGAAGCUCCCUGUAGAGAAGUGAAGGGUUGUCACCAUAGAGCAGCCAUCUUGGAAUGACAUGAAAAAAACAAUCCCUUUCCUGUUUCAAAUCCUCCUUGACAUAUUGUAUUAAAACAGCUCAUGUGGUUUUACUGUAUAUAAUGUAUGUAAAAUAUGAACAUCUGGCUUUAAAAUCACUUUUAAGUCAACCAACAUUAUUGUAAAUAUUUGUGUAAAUAUGAACUAUGUGUUUUGUCAAAUCGCCUUGGCUUCAUUUUGUCUGUUAUAAUAAUGAAGACAGUAAUACCAUAAUACUCAGUUGUACCUUUGAGAUUUACAUAUAUGUUUAAAUCAGUGUACAUGUGGAGUGUUUGUGUGUGUGUUUGUUCAUGUGCGUGUGUGUGCGUCUAGUGUGUGUUUGUCAGUGUGUGUGUGU